UUUCACCAUAGAAGAACGUGCCUCAUAUCCAACCAAAGUCAACCAUCGAUCGAGGCGCGUAGAGAAAUGGCUCCAGUCUCACUCCCCUACGCUCACUGCGAGAGUAAGUUACGAGCUCUCGCCGGCCAGGCUGAGGGAUUCGGCCGCCUUGCUACCGGUGGUCUUCAUGGAGCACUCUACUGCGUUACUACUCUGGCAGAUGAUGGUCCUGGGUCGCUUCGUGAAGCAUGUAGCAAGAAAGAACCUCUGUGGAUUGUUUUUGAAAUUUCGGGUGAAAUCAAGCUCAAAUCUUUUCUACCUGUGUCUUCAUAUAAAACAAUCGAUGGUAGAGGACAAUGGAUUAGGAUCACUGGCAUGGGCCUUAGGUUGGCCCAAUGUGAACAUGUGAUUAUAUGCAAUUUAGAGUUUCAAGAAGGCAGAGGACAUGAUGUCGACGCCAUUCAAAUCAAACCAAACUCAAAGCAUAUAUGGAUUGAUCGCUGUAGUCUUAAGGAUUAUUCAGAUGGACUUGUUGAUGUUACUCGAGGAAGCACAGACGUCACUAUUUCACGUUGUAAAUUUGGGUACCAUGACAAGACGAUUCUUAUUGGAGCAAACGCUGCUCAUUGUGAUGACAGAAAUAUCCGUGUUACUAUUCACCACUGUCUCUUUGAUGGAAGUCGUCAGAGGCUUCCACGUGUUAGGUUUGCCAAAGUACAUCUGUACAACAACUACACCAGAUACUGGGCGAUCUAUGCUGUGGGUGCCAGUGUUGAUUCAGAGAUAUACUCACAGUGUAAUAUUUAUGAAGCCGGACGCGAUUGCAAUGUGGCUUUUAAAUAUAUCCCUGAAAAGGCUGGUGACAAAAAUGCGCCAACUGCUGGCGUCAUUGUAUCCGAGGGAGACCUAUUUUUAGGUGGAACUCAGUCUGGCUUGAAACCUGGGAACUGCUCAUUCCGUCCAAGCCAAUACUACCAAACAUGCACGGUUGAACCUGCAACAAUGGAGCUUAAAAAGGCUCUCGAGUGGUUUGCAGGAUGGCAACGUGUUCCACGUCCCGGGGAUUGGUAGUUUUCCAAUCUCGAAAACCAGGCAGGAGCAUGGAUGGUGAUACAUGUUGAUGUUGGUACUUGUCUCCUUGUGGCCAUGCAUUAGACUAAACAUAUAUUGUAUGUCACGAAAAUUAGAAUAAAACAUACUAUGAACCUUUCCAGAUACAAUAUUAUACAUGAUAUAGUAUCCCAUAAGUGUUAAGUAUGUAUAAUGUGUAUGUUAUUUUGCAUGUAUGUAAUUUAAUAAUGUCAUGAUGAAUGGGAAUAAAGCUUCUUUUGAAGCUCUUUGAGCUA